CCAAGUCUCCAACAGCCAACGCCUUCACCCACGAACCAGUCUCGCUUCCGCCCUCAGCCACUGUCGCGCCGGUUCAAUGAUUCAGUUUCACUGAUUUCCUCCACAAUGUCCACGGGGCCGCCCGUUUGGCCGGCUCAGGACGAACAAGAGUCACAACCCCCUGCUGAAACCCAGACCCGUGCCCGACGGUCGCGUAGAAAGAAGGACGACGCCGUUGAGACCGAUCGGAAGGAACCUACAAAGUCGGCGAGAUCCAGGGAUAAGGAUAAAGACAAAGAGAAGGACAGGGACAAGGGAAAGGACCAAGACAAGGAGAAAGAGACGAAGCGGCCCAGUCGCCGCCCGCGAGACAAGUCUUCGUCUACCUCCAACAACCCUACUUCCACCCAGUCGAAUCCCCGCAAAAAGCCCAAGUUAGAGGAUGACCCAAUCUCGUCAUCUCGAUCUGACCUCUCAGUUGAUUCACCCUUCUCAAUCCGCUACUCUCCAAGCUUCGGCUCCUACAACGUCGCCGCCAUACCCGAUGAUGGUAUCUGCGCCGCCUUCCCGUCCCCAAUCUCAGCCAUUGGCACCACCCCCUCAGCGAAGAGCGGUCAAAAUUACGAUCCUAUAAGGUCUGCAUUUGGCACGAGCUCGUCGCCUGCCGCACCGCCUCCAGCUCCUGCGUCUACUUCUUUCAGUCCUCCGGCCCGUCCAAUUUCGCCGCGGCCUUUCCGCGCCAGUGCUUCGCCGGCGAUUUCUAGCAUCAUUGAUCCUCCGCAAACUACCCCACCGGCCCAGUAUGCUCCGCGUACGUACGGAUCACCCAGUCGUCCAGCGUCCACUUUCCCGCAAACUCCAGUUGCGCCUCCAGCAGCCCCAACUCACCUUCCUCCGGCAUCCGCUCCCUAUAGGCAUCAGUCCCCGUACGGACCCCCUCCACAGGCCGUACCCACGGAAGAAGCCCAAGCUCAUCCCGGGGUGGUCCCGUCGCAUAUUAAUGUCCCCCCCUCCGUCCCCGAUACCAAGCCACCUCCACCACAGACUCGGCAGACAUCAUCGGGGCCAGUACCAACAGAGGAUGAGAGCGAGCGCUCUGCCCCUGCGGCAGUUGAAAAAGUAACUAAGAAAGAACCCAAACCUUCUACGGCGCCUUCAUCAAAACCGCCGUCUCCAAAACCUUCACGGCCAGCGAAAGAAGCCCCUCCUCCAUUACCCCAGGGCUCCGGACUCAUUUCCAAUGCUCUAUUCGGUGUAGAUGAUAACACGUCAGACACGCCUAAGCAGAGGACGCCUAACAUCAUUGUCCACAUACCUCUCAAGGGGCAACCUAACCAGAUAGUGAACUUUGCCCGCCUAGCAGAGGAGCAGUAUGGAUUUGCUGCACUUCAUCCGCGGCUAGCCGCUCACAAAGAACGAAUGGCUCGCGUAGCGGCGGCAGGCGCUGCUUUAGAGCGCAAUGACCGUUCCGGCCGAGGUAUUUCCGCUGGGGAAAGCGCGGACGAAGACCUUAGCCUCGACGCUGAACGCGAUAGUGAAGUUGAUGGCGACGGCGCAAUGAGUGCUGCAGCUGCGAAAACCAGUGAACCUGCGGACGGAACGAAGAAGCGCCGCAGGAGGAAAAUAGAGGAGUAUGAUCGAGAUGACCCUUUUGUUGACGAUAGUGAAAUGGUCUGGCAGGAACAGGCCGCUGCAAGUAAGGAUGGGUUCUUUGUGUACAGUGGUCCCCUAGUUCCUGAAGGGGACAAAGUCCAGGUUGAGCGUGCGGAUGGCACGAUUAAACGGGGCCGAGGCCGAGGACGUGGCGGUCGGAGUCGAGCUCCUGCAACAACUCAUCAGCAACUGCCUCUGGCGGCUGCAAUUCCUAUUUCUCAAGAAACUGGUCUUCCCAUACGUGGUCCAGGUUCGAGAGGUGGUAACGUCAACCGCCGGCCUCGCACGAGUAAGAAAGCAGAGCAGGACAAAGCUGGCAGCACUCCAACAUCCCAAGGACGAGGCGGAGGUGCUGCCGGUCGCGGUGGUUCAAACAGCACUCGAGGUGGGAAAGCACAAAUGGUAGAACUGGCCCCUCGGCCGAAUAUUGCACCUGCACCGCCAGGACUGAAUUCAGUAGCAGGCCAGGAGAUCACCAUGAAAUAG